AUGACGUCCUUCAUUGGUUUAAAAGAGAUACUAGGACAUAUUGCCGAGAUUUCCUAUAUCAGCAAUAGGAACCGUAACGAAUAUAGUAGCCGCCCUAAGUCCAUCCCUGGAGCCCAGCCUCCUGCACCUACUUCACUACCUACUGUAGGCACAGUAGAUCAGAGAAAGUGGGACGAAGAUUCUUUGAGUGACACGAGGAAUCGGCCCCCUCGUUCUAGAAGCCGUACAAGAGAGGCGACCCGACGUGACUCCAGUACGGAGAGUAAUGACGCCUCAUCACCAGUACAGCAACGACAACAUUACCAACACCCGCAAAUGCCACCACAACAGCACCACGUGCAGCAGCAGGUGGCUCCACAGCAGCAGCAGCAGGUGGCCUCACAGCCUCAGCAGCAGCAGACAACAGUGCGUGUAGGACCGCACCCGCUGCCAGCGGUCCGCCUUGCCAGGUAGUCUCAGGUAGUGGAGGCUGCGCUAUGUUGGUGGACCGUGGCUGGCACAGCACGCACCAUUCCCUUUAUCCUUGCUUUCUUCACUACCUCUAA